AAUACUGAGUCAAAAGGUACAAAUGAACCAGUGACACCAAACUUCCAUAAAAUAUGCAGAUUUAAUUUCAACCAGACAAGAGACAUCAAUGACAACAGAGGGUCAUGAAACCGAAUGUACAACAGAAAUCGAGUUGCAAACACCAGAUAAAACACCUGUGAUGACAACAACUACAACAUAUGAAGAAAAACACUCAAAACCUGCUGAUUUCAUUUCAGAAAAUACUGAGUCAAAAGGUACAAAUGAACCAGUGACACCAACCACUUCCAUAAAAUAUGCAGAAAAUUUAAUUUCAACCACACAAGAGACAUCAAUGACAACAGAGGGUCCUGAAACCGAAUGUACAACAGAAAUCGAGUUGCAAACACCAGAUAAAACACCUGUGAUGACAACAGCUACAACAUAUGAAGAAAAACACUCAAAACCUGCUGGUUUUAUUUCAGAAAAUACUGAGUCAAAAGGUACAAAUGAACCAGUGACACCAACCACUUCCAUAAAAUAUGCAGAAGAUUUAAUUUCAACCAGACAAGAGACAUCAAUGACAACAGAGGGUCUUGAAACUGAAUGUACAACAGAAAUUGAGUUGCAAACACCAGAUAAAACACCUGUGAUGACAACAGCAACAACAUAUGAAGAAAAACACUCAAAACCUGCUGAUUUCAUUUCAGAAAAUACUGAGUCAAAAGGUACAAAUGAACCAGUGACACCAACCACUUCCAUAAAAUAUGCAGAAGAUUUAAUUUCAACCAGACAAGAGACAUCAAUGACAACAGAGGGUCCUGAAACCGAAUGUACAACAGAAAUCGAGUUGCAAACACCAGAUAAAACACCUGUGAUGACAACAACUACAACAUAUGAAGAAAAACACUCAAAACCUGCUGGUUUCAUUUCAGAAAAUACUGAGUCAAAAGGUACAAAUGAACCAGUGACACCAACCACUUCCAUAAAAUAUGCAGAAGAUUUAAUUUCAACCACACAAGAGACAUCAAUGACAACAGAGGGUCCUGAAACCGAAUGUACAACAGAAAUUGAGUUGCAAACACCAGAUAAAACACCUUCAGUUUUCUUUAAAUGGGUAAAUUAA